CCCCACCCCGCCACCACCAUGGAGCAUCCGUCAAAACGGCCCCGGAUCGCUAUCCUGGAAGAGCCAGACUCUUCUUCCGAUCUCAAUCGUGACCGCUCCCGCAACGACAAUCGGCUGAAAGGCGCCUUUGAGAAUAUCUUUCUAAAAUACACAAAGGACUUCACCAAUGUCGGCGACGAGAUCGACUUGCAGACUGGCGAAAUCGUUGUGAACAAUGGCCACAUCUCGCGGAUGAGGAACGAGCAGGACGUGGGGGAGGGCGAUGCUGGUGCCAUCCUCAGAGCCUUCGCAGACGACAUGGCCGGCACAAUCAGCGACGGCGAUGACAUUGAGGAAUCACAGAGUGGAGACAUUGUAACUUCAGGACUCGAUCAAGGUGAUGAGAUCGAAGGCGCGGCGACCUGUGACGACGAUACCAAUUCAGAGGCCAUACAACCUACUGCUACCGGCGAAAGCAGUGCUCACAGCCGGAUGCAAGGGCCGUCGCAGGCCGGACAUACAACUCCCGUGGGACGACAACCGCCUGAAGCUGCAAUCGAGGCAUUAUCACGGGGCAUUGGGAUGCAGAUUGCGCAAUUCAUUACACAAUGGCAGCCUAGUCCAUCUGUCGUGAAUUCUCUCUGGAGUGCUCCGCCGUUACCUCAACGUACACCACGUCGGCGUGAUGCGUCUCAAUCGCUUUCUCGUUCUCUACUACGUCGACCCGUCUCGCCGCAAACCGGGAGCAUAUGGGCCGUCCCAGAUCCGACUACAGGAGUGCGCUCGAUCCGGCCAGUCCCUCGACGUGUGGUGACAGAGCGCCGCUUUCUUCACAGAGACAAUAGAUCACCUCACGUGGCCAGUCAUGAUGAAGACCCAGAAGACGCUAGCGACGAGGAAGAUGACGAGGAAGAGGGCAAGAAGCAGAAUUUCCCAACCUACCUAGACAGGUCUCGCCAAUACUCUGCGAACACAUCUGCUAAGAUGGCUCACAAAGGUCGGAAGUCUCGCUAUCAGUUUUCCGAUGAGGAUAAUGUUCUACUACUCGAGCUCAAGGAAGACCACCAAUUCCCAUGGGCGACAAUUUGCUCAUACUGGCCAGACCGGCCACCAUGGAUCGUCCAACACCACUAUCACAAACACCUGAAGAAUCAGAGCCCAGGCUCGGCAGAGUCAAUCAGCAGGCCACCCGAUCAAGUCGAAGACAAGUUGGCCGAGCCCGCAAUUAGCAAAGAAAGAUCCAUCUCGAGAGCUUCAGAGACCUCUCAAGUUUCAACACCCGGGAUAAGUAGGGAUUUCAGCGUCCCUAGUUCUCCGCUUCAAAUCCGCCAGCGCCCGUUCCGAAUGUCACAAUCGCAACGCCCUGUAGCUUCCCCACGGGAUACCACAGUCGAUUGUAUUUCUCCCGAAUUGGAGGACUGGAAUAUAGGUGCAUCAGCAGAUCAAGACACUGCGGACAUAUUGUCUGAGCAACUGGAAUCAUCGAAUGAGAACGAGUCGCCAGAAAUUCCGGACUCGCAGGAGUCGAUAAAAUCGCGUUCUUCUCCUAAGAUCUUGCCUCACGUUGAGUCCGUGAUUAUUCGAAGGACUCCCUCUGCUAGUAAGAAGGUUGUGGGACCUAGCGACAGGAAGUCGAUAAGCGGAAGGCUUUCAGGGCUUUCAUCUGGCAUAUCCAACGCUAGAACCUCGCUAGGAGGAUUCAAUCCGCGGUUGAUGGCAGCGACGCCACGGGCCGCAAAAACACCAAUAGUGGAACAGGAAUCGGAUGAGGAGCUUGAUGGCUCGCCUGCUUCAAAUCUCGUCAGCAUCAGUAGUAUUAUGGCCUCACCGAAGACGUCUAGCCAUCGAAAACAUUCGAGUGGUCGCUCUGGAUCGAAACCAAAAUACCGAAGAGUCUCGGAUGUGCGAGUUCCGUCCAAGCCUCAGCAUACACCGAGUCGAAGUUCCGGACUUAAACGCACUAUCGACAUGUACGAGGACGAGGACGAUUCUCUUGACGAGUUGACACUGGUGUAGCUGUAUGAUUUAAUCGAGUUGAUAGGCUGAGAAGGGUUAAUGUGUGUAGCGGUAUUCUAUUAUCAUCGACUAAAGUGACUUAGCGACGCAAUACCUAGAACAUCAAAAAAGAGAAAGAUAUCCUUCGACCUAAUCUUGAUGGCCCUGGUAGUUUUGCCCGUGACCCAAACUUUUCUGACCUACGCCUAAACAAGAGUGUAAGACAAUAUAUACACGAAACAAAGCAAGCAUUUAGAGCACCUUUCAAACCUUCAAAAAUAAUGCCAUCCGUUUGCCCUCGCUACAACGGUCGUCCGCCGAUGAAAUCGCUCCAUGGGCGCACCUCACUAGGGAUUCCAUCUCUGAGUGGUAGUUUCUCGCUCAUACAUUGAGCGAAGAG